CUUAAUCACUACCUGCGAUCCGUGAAUUUGCUGUUGAAACUUGAAAUUUGCGAGAACUUGAAAGAAUGGCUGUGAAACUUCCCAUCAAUCUCUAGAGAUACUAUUGGUUGCAACAAUGGAUCUAGGAAAAAGGCCAGGAAACCUUCAUACUGCAUCAAACAGUAAGAUUUACAUGGAUCUUAAGGAUAUCAUUAGAGAACAAGCUCUUCCAUUCCUUCCUGCUAAAUCACUGUUCAGAUUCCUGGCUGUUUGUCGAGACUGGAAGCUCCAGAUUUCAGCACCAUUCUUCCACCAUAAUCAAUCACUUUGUUGUCGUGGCAUAUCAGGCCUUUUUUGUCAGACUCCUGGAAAUGCUCCCGUCUUCAUACCAAUUCAUCCAAAAUCUUCUGGUGUACCAGAUCCAUCUUUGAGUUUUCUGCCAGAGCCUGUUGUCAUUAGGGCCUCAUCAAAUGGACUGUUGUGUUGCCAAGGACGAGAUGAAAACGGGUACUACUAUUUGUGCAAUCCAGUUACAAAACAAUGGAAAAAACUUCCAAAACCUACUGCUUGUCAUGGAUCCGAGCCAGCACUUGUGCUGAUAUUUGAACCGUCACUGCUCAACUUUGUACCUGAGUACAAACUCAUUUGUGCCUUCCAAUCUGAUGAUUUUGAUGAUGCAACUGAAUUUGAAAUAUACACCUCCAAUAAUAAUACUUGGAACAUUUCUGGGGAGCUUUGUUUUGGAGCUAAAAAAGUUGCUCCGAGGUCUGGUGUUCAUGUCAAUGGCGUUGUUUUCUGGACUCUGGCGAGUGGUGGUCUUCUUUCUUUUGAUUUAACAAAGGAUAGAUCACAAUUGCUGCAGAGCUAUUCUUAUGGCAGUAACUGUGUACUGGGAACAUUUGAUGGAAGGCUUUGUAAGGUUUCUGUCAAUAGCCAUUCUGUGAUGGUGAGCAUCUUGGUUAAUAUCUACUCAAAUACAAUGCAAAUUCAAUCCAGAUCGAAAAUGUGGGACACUCCACACCCUGUUAUUCUUGACCCUGAUGUGUUGAAGUUGGAUGCUAUUGGCAGCAAAGUUGUUUCCAUAAGCAGUGAUAUUCUAGUGGUUAAGAGCGGGAACAAAUUAUACUCCUAUGAUUUCAAAUCCAAAGAAACUAAAGCACUGAGCCAGCCAGCUGAAUUGAAUGAUACGAUUUGCGUGCCCUAUGUGAAUAGCCUUGUUUCACUCUGAGCUUGCCAGCCCUCUGUUGAUCUCAUGCACUUUCAUAAACUCUUGAGGUCCUAGCUUGAACAAUGAUCAAUCUAGUUAAGGGAAUAAUAUAUGAUGUUUUUCUAUCAUUUGGGGAUGAUUUUUUUUUCUUUCUUUUAUAUUUGAAUUGUGGAAAGAGUUUCCAUUGUGGCA